AUGAGAAAAAAGCCCGGCAAUCGACCCGCCCUCAUGCUCGUUCGCAGCCGGAGGUCGCUUCUCUGGUCGCUCGGAGUGAUCACCAUUCUCGUGUACACGCUGUAUUUAUGGAAUAAUUCGCCCGCGCGGCCGCUGCCGCCCAUGCCAGGCACCUACCAGUACUUCUCGGAAAUCAACUUCGAAUACCACACGCACAGCUUCGGCGCCAUCAGCCACUGUGAUCCGCGGUUUGCCCCGUCGGAGCCGCCGGGUAUCGACGAAACGAAGACGGCGCUGUUCGCGCUGAUGAAAACCUACGCCGCGACCAUGGCCGACCUCCGCGCCGAGACUUGGAUCGCCCACGGCACCUUGUUGGGGUGGCACUGGAAUCAGAAGUUCCUCCCCUGGGACAAUGACAUUGACGUGCAAGUCUCGAUACAGACACUGGCGGCAUUGGCUUCUCACAACAUGAGCCAGUAUCAGUAUCACGUGGCGGGCGAGGACCGCCCCAGGACCUAUCUCCUGGAUAUCAACCCUCACUACACCAUCGCAUCAACGAAAGAUGUUGCGAACAAGAUCGACGGCCGGUGGAUCGAUACCACGAAUGGAAAAUAUAUAGAUAUCACUGCUGUGCACGUCAGUCCUGGCAGGACGGAGCACAUUCCGUUCGACCAGGACGUUAUCUUCUCGAAGGACGGUCACCGAUAUCAAAGGGAGGAUUUGUUCCCGUUACAAGACUCAACCUUUGAAGGCAUCGACGUCAAAGUCCCACGCAACCCAGCCAAGAUUCUGGCCGAAGAGUACGGGAAGAAAUCCCUGAGCAACACCCGCUUUCACUGGCACCGCUUCAACAAGAAUUCGAAAUUGUGGGAAGCCGAAUAG